AUGAGCGGAAAUUUGGUGAUCUGUGAAAUUCCGGAGGAUCUCAAGAAGGAGCUUCGAUCAUUUCGUUUCUCAAAGAGUACUUCGUUGAAUGUGCUUAUUCUGAAAGUCAACCGUGAGUCACAACAAAUGAUGUUGGAGGAAACGAUGGAGGAUUGUUCUAUCGACGAUGUAAGAGAAGAGCUACCGCAACAACAGCCUCGUUUUCUUCUGAUCAGUUACGCUCUAAAUCAUUCCGAUGGGCGAACCUCGUAUCCGAUGUGCAUGGUUUUCUACAGUCCUGAUGGUUGUUCGCCAGAGUUACAAAUGAUGUAUGCUGGUAGUCGGAACAAUCUAGUGAAAGAGUGUGAACUAACAAAGUACUUUGAAAUUCGCGAUGCAGAGGAAUUGACCAAGGAGUAUCUCGAUUCGAAGCUCACCUAA